UGAUGAUGGCGGUGCGUGAACGCGCAGUUAAAGUAAUGGCUGCUCUGGAACGGCGGGUGCCUUGUCUCGAUGAUUUCGUUGGCCAAAGCUGGAGCGUCUGGACGGAAAGAGCCAACCCGACAGCAUCGGAGGGGUCUGAUGGCGAUGAAUACAGCAAGAAUGGCAAAAAAACGAUGGAAACCAUGACAUUGAGGAAGGAGGAUAUGUCCAUCUUUGGGCACUAUCCCGGACACGAUGACUUCUACCUGGUGGUGUGUGACCACUGCAGUCAGGUGGUGAAGCCUCAGGCCUUCGAGAAGCAUUGUGAGAGGAGACACGGCCCUCUGGGUAAGCUCUAUGCACACCUCCGCUCCACACCACCUCCGUCUCAGCAGCAGAGACCCCGUCAUGGGCACACCCCACCGUCACAUGGAACCUGUUCUUGGAGUGGGAGAAACCAGAAUGUCGGACCCCCGCGGGCUUCACCACAGUCUCCCUCCACACCGCCGCAGUUCAGACACUCAAAGCCACCAAAAGAUGGAGUUUGGCAUUCUUCUUCGGAAAAGACCUCCAACUCGGGACAUUCAGAAUCGUCUGUUUUUAAGCAGCCUCCACCCAUUGAACCCACGCGCAGCUCCCCUCCCCCUACCCACAGAGACCCUCCAUGGCCCCAUGGAGGCCCUUCGCCCAGUCGGCCCUCCUCUUCCGAAAGACCCCAGUCCCAGAAAGGGGAGUCGCCCUCGGCUCCCAACACCUCUGGACAUCUUCGUGGACAACGAACUUAUAAGAUGGUCUCCAAAAAAUGUGACCUUGACAGGCACUGUGGCGUCAUGGAUGCCGAGAGAAAGAAAGUUUGUACACGACUUCUGACCUGCAAUAUUCAUUCCAUCCAUCAGAGGAGGAAGGUCCAGGGCCGGAGUAAAAACUUUGACCAGCUGGUGGCAGAGCUGAAGAUGAGUUCGAAGGCUCGUGAAUGGGUUUCUCAGGCCCCAGAAGGUUCUGCAGCUCAGUCCGUGAGCCCAGAACCUCAGAGAGAUUCACCUGCAACGCCCCUCUGCCGGCGACCUCUUACAAAUAGCCCUGCAUUCAGAACGCAACCUGCAUCUGAAAGUGUAGAGGACGAGAAGCCUCAUCUGGAUGAUGGGAGCACACGGCCACACUCUCCUCUCACCCAGGGCCACAUCUCAGGUGAUGAGAGUGAAGCAGAGGGCAAUGAUGACACGACAGACUGGCAUUCAACUCCAUGGCAUCCAAAACCAGCCGCGAUUUGUUCAUUUGGGAGUCAUUCUAUGGGCCAUGGCAUCUUCACUUUUGAUCGACGGUUGCACCAUCUACGAUCUGCCAUGAGUGUCAUGGUGGAGAACCACCUCAGUGCCCAUUUGUGGAGAAAAAUACCUCAAGCAUCCCAGAGUCCCCCAGCCAAGCCUGUCGCUGUUCCUGCCUCUCCUUCCUCCAUUUCCCAGCAUUCCAAACUAAAAACAGGAAGUCACAACCCCACCUCUCUCAAGACUUCCUUUUACUCUUCUCACGGACCAGGCAAGGAGCCAAACCCGCAGAGUUCCUCCACCAGCAAAUCUUACAGUCAAUCAGAAAACUCUGGGGUCAGCCAGUCCACCGCCUCCCCUUCUAGUAAACUCAGCCGGGCUCCGACUCAGUCAGGCCCCGGGCGGCCCAAAAACCCGGUCGGUCGCCCCAGCAAGCAGCAACUGCGCCUCAGGGAAGCAGAGCGGACGUCCUCCGUGGACGCCGGUGCACUGCGAAAGCGCAAAGCCUCUUUCGACGAGUCGGACGCUGUCAGCCCGGACAAGAAUUGCGUGACGCAUAGCAAAGGGCGGCCUCUCAUUAGCAAAACCCCACCGUCAGCCUCUCACGGACAAACCAAUGGCACGCUUUCACCGGCGAGCAAGCCACGCCCCCACAUGACCCCCUCGGAAACCCACGGACCGUCCUCGUGGGCCUUUAAAAAGACUCACCCGUCGGCCCACCACUCGCCUCCAGAUGCUGUCCCGCACAGCCGAGGAGUGGACUCAGGACUGCACAGCAGGAUGGCCAGUUAUGAUCACAAGGGUUUGGGGAAAAAACGCAAGAACAGUGGCUCGUCGCCUCCUUCCAAACCCCACCGGCUGCCCACCUCCCCUCAUUCUGGUUUCUAUCCAUGGAAAGAAAGCAAAGGAUCGGGACUCUCUGUCGGGGGGGAGAAGAAACUCAGCACACAAAAGCCAAAAUUGCACCACUGAGAGUGCCAGCCUUACAAGCCACUAAGAGAGCGAGAAAGAGCCCUAUGAACUCAAAUAGGACUGAACACAGGACUCCUGAUGUCUGACUGUAUGAAUUGUGUAUUUGUGUGAGCGCAUGUUUAGCUACUAUGAAUGUCUGUGUGCGUGGAUGUGUAUGAAAUAAGAUGAGGGAGUGAAUUUCUCUGUGAAUUCAGAAAAUACCUCAGAAUCUACUGAAUAAUGCUGCUACGUAAAUGUUGUUUAUAAAAUGGAUUAAAAUAUUCUUUAUACUCAG